AUGACCAUGGAAGACGAUGCGGCGUACGCUUGCGCCAGUUGCGGUUUCACGACGAGUAUGUUUAUUCCAUUUUUCAUGUUUUUUUUUGAUCAAAGUAGUCAUACUCGUUGACACUUUCUGGCUUCCAACCAUAACUUGAUUUCCGAAAAGCACAAAAAGGGAUUUUAAGUAAAUUUUUGAAUCAAAUAUUUUUUUAAAAUAUUUUAUCCCCUUCAAGAGUGUCGCCUUAAAUAAGCGGCAAAUGUUAGGUUUGAAAUUCUGAAAAGCGCAAGUCGUUUUCGGGUCGGGUGCGUCUUUCAAAAAUACCCCGUGGAGCCAUUUUACAAGCAAUUCAAAUUUUUUAGUUAACUUUCUUUUUGUUUUAGAAUUCUUUUGAUCAUUUUUUUCUGUUUCGAAGAUACAUAUAGUGAUUAUAAAUGCUUAGAAUUUCUUUUUUGAUUUCUUCGAGAAUCAGGAAACUUAUGAAUUUUUUCAGUGGGGUCCUGAAAAGUUAUUUUAUCCAAGAAAAGUUUUUUUACCUCAAUAAAUCUCAAAUUUUCAUCAUUUUCCUAGGAAAAUAGGUGAUUUCGAUGCCCUCGGGCCGACCUUCAUAAUAUAUUUCCAACCGUUCAAAAACCGGUCUCCCCAACUCGCCGGUGGCCCCAAUUAUUCUCUAAUUAUUUACCCAACAUUUGUCAAAAAGAAAGUUCACAUGUGGGCAAGGGAGAAACGUGCGCGAAAUUCGCCGUUUCCGGUUUUGUGUCGGCGAUUUCCACGGCCAAUUACCGUUGAAAAGCCCUGCCGCCUCGCUCAAAAAUUUUCGGCCAACUUUGAUCGAUUUUUUCUCGGAGGAGUUCGAUUUCGUUGAUUUUUGAUGGGAUUCUCCUGUGGAAAAGCUCUGAUCAUGAAAGAGAGCGUUUGAGCCGUCGAAAAAUGGAUGAGAAAAAAUAGCCGCUAUGGAGAUUUAUGUGCGCUCCAAGGCUAACAAUUCAAAAAGAACAAGUUCAGACUAAUUUUAUGAAACAGGCUAGAAAAAGCAGUUGAGAAAAAAUAGUCGCUCUUGGUUUAUGUGCGCUUCUAGGCUACAAGUUCGGUAAAUAAUUGAAAGUCUUAAAAAUAGCUUAUUUUUGGAAAUGGACGAGAAAAAUAAGUGACCAAGGCUACAAGUUCGCGCCCGGGAGCAUUUUUUAGUGAUCCCUAUAGGGCCAUCAGAACUCUUAAGUGAUUACUUCAAAUCCUUAGAAACGUCCGGAGAUCCAGUUUGCAUUCAAGAGGUCCGAGUUACUGAAGAAGAAAAGUUUGAUUCUCAAUGGAGCAAGCUAGUAAUACUUGAUCACAGCUCAAUUUUCUUCUAAGAGACGUUGUUUUGGUCCCAUCGACCCUGUAUUUGUUCUCAGAAGUGAAUGAGAAGGGGAAAAAAAUGAGUGAAUGAGGGAAGAAAAAGGAACCUUUUGAGCCGUGUUGUUUAUGCUCUCGGCGCGCAACGAUGGUGACCCUCCCGCCAAGGUAUUGUUCAUUCAUACCAGCCCAAAUUGUCUCUGAUCCCCGACCCUCAAGUGUUUGUCUUUCCUAUGGUAAUUUGUGGCCCACACGGUUCAUUUGGUUCCGAAUUGAUCUGACUGAAUUAUGGGUUUUCUCGGAAUUCCGUCUUUUGGAAGACUUAACUCGCAGAACCUCCUAGUUUUCGAGAGAUAGAGCCCUUAAAAUCUUUCCUAUGGUAAUUUGCGGGACCCGAUGGUUAACUUGGUUUCGAAUUGAUCUGACGGGCUUAAUUCCUUGAUCUGAAUAUCAUCUUUUGGAAGCCUUACUGGGAUAAUUUUUAGUGACCACUCUAGAGGCUCGCCAAGGACUACUUGGAGAGGACACUAAAGUGGCCACUAAAUCCACCUCUAUAGUGGCCACUAUUUUCCGUUUUAGUGGCUACUCCAGUAGUUUUUCAUACAGUAUUCCUUCCAGUAACUCUGAUAACUUUAAACCAACCACAAUGGACCAGUUAUGUUGAUCCAUUGACUACUAUAGUGGCCACUAAAACGUCAAAACGCUAUAGUGGCCACUAAAAAUUUUCCCAGUAACUCCCCGAACCUCCUUCUUUUCGAGAAAUAGAGCCCCUAAAGUGAAAAGAAAAUUUUUAUUAGCUUUGACUGAAAGAUUAUUCAAUUGAUUCCAAAGGGUUCAUUAAGUUCCGAAUGUAUCUCACUCAGAGAGCUUUUGAAAAAUUUACUCCAGUAUCAGACCGUAAUUCAACUUUUGAAAAGACACAACUUCAUAAUUUUUUUAAGAAAUUGAGUUUCGAAAUGGCUUAUUUUUACAAAUUUUGCUGGCUUUUUCUUAAAAAUUGAGCCCCUUUCCCUGGAGAACUUGACAGUUUCGCAGAUAUCUCCAUCUGAUACAUCAAUGAGCAGUUUUAAAGAAAUAAAUGACCCCUCUAGUAGAGAAAUUGAAAAAUGUAUCAAAUAUAAAACUCUUUUUCCUUUUUUUCUGCAAACCACUUUUUUUGAGAGAGUAGCCGAUGAUAUGAAAAAAAGAGCCGUCAAACAUCAAUUUUUUUAUCAAAAAAACUAGCGUUGCAGCACUUUUUUUAUCCAAAAAUGUUAGAAUAUUGUCGGCGGCCUUAUGAUAGACUGUUCAAAAUUUAAAAAAUUAGUCUUUUCACUGUUUUUGAAUUCUCAUAUAAUCUCAAGCUCACGAAAAUUUCUGUUUCAUUCUUUCUGUAUACUCUCUUUGGAUGAAAAUUUUGUCACUUUUUUCGUAUUUGGAAAAUCUCAACGCGUCGCGGUCGCGUUGCGCUCUCAAAGUUUGCUCUUUUUCAAUAGGGCGCAACUCGUUUCAGGUCGGGAGCAUCUUCAAAAUACUCUUUUUCAGCCGUUACGCUCUGAGAUGUUUCAUGGACUAUUAAGAAGACAGACCAAAAAAGUCCUAAAAAACCAAACUUUUCAGAAAAAAUCAAGAUUUGAUCUUCGAAUCCGGUUCCUCUUCCGGAUCACAAUUUUUCAACUUUGUCAAAAAAUUUCUGAAUUUCUUGAAAAAGUACACUUUGAGCCUUAUUCCCCCGCCUGGCAGUCCAUCGGCGACCCAUUCGAUUUUCUAAUUAACGGCUCGCAAUUCGCUUUAUGAUUUCUUCUUCAUUUUUUUGCCCUUUGAGCGGCGACCUCUUUGAAGUCGGUGGAAUAUUGAGAGCCCAAGUGAGUCAGAACCCAUUCAUUUGAGUUUUUUGGCGGAAUGAAUAGAGGUGGGUCGCCGCCGCGUUUUACCUCAUUUCGCGGCUCUUUGUCACGGUUUUGAGGCAGUUUUGGUCCGUUUCUGUCGCUGUUGCGAUUGUAGAGUGUCCAAGAUUUCGAUCAUCAUUUUUCGAUUUUUUUUUUCCCACAACUUUCUGAUUUUUGGCGUGCUGGAGGGAUGACUUGAAAUGCUCAGAAACGUCUGAAAGGCGUCCGAUUUGCGUUACCGGGGUCCGAGAACUUGGAAAACUUUUUUCUUGAUAUUAGCUCUGGAGCGCACUUUUUGUAACCAUUUAUAUAUUUUUGCUAGCUUUUUUUCUGUCUUUUACAUACAUACAAGACAGACGAAUUAAUGAACCCUUGUUAAUUUAUCUACUGGCUCAUUCCUGAAACGGGAACCUGUUUAAAAACCGGAAUCGAAAUUGAGAAAACAAGAAUUUUCAGCUUUUUUCCGCUUCCUUGCUGUCUGUUAGAAAAAAAAAUAUUCCAAUUUUUGAAGGAGCAUAGCCAAAUUUCAUAAACGGUCUCGAGGCGAAGAGCCCUUUUUUGGUGUAUUAAGACCUUUUCAUUCUUAAAAUAAUAGGUAAAUCGGGAUUUUGCAGUGCAAUUUCGCUCUUCCGCACAGUUUUGUAGGAUACAAGCUACCUCGGACAUUGUUAACGCGAAACGGACAUGCUCCGGACGUUUCUGGACGAUUCUAGGGAUCACUUAAGAAUAUUGAGGCUACUGAAGUGGUCACUAGAAAUGCCGCGACACGUCCGAUUCACGUUAUUAAGGUCCGAGACUACUUAGGAGCGCCAGAGUGUUCCCUUCAGGGGAUAAAACAGUUCUCGUAACUUAAGAGACGUAUUAAAGAGAAAAACUCGAUCGAUGCCUCUGUUGAUAUUCUUUUUCUUUUAAAAGAUCUUGGAAAAAAUAAUUCCUCGCAGCAAUUUCGCUCUCCCGCACAGUUCUAUAGAAUCCAAGCUACUAGUCGAUCCCUACCAAAGAAAAAUAGAAAAAAUCGGAAAUUGGGGAAUAAUUCCCACGAUUCUCGAGCUUCUCACCGUCGCGUCGGCGGCCCUUGACGGAAAAAGCCCAUAAAGCGGGCUCGCCUUUGAUCUGACCGCCCAUGUUGUCCCUUUCCUGGCCCGCGCGUGUACAUGUAUGUUAUGGCCGUGUGGGAAGCGACGGCUGUUUCGUGUCGUGAUUACUUAACGAUAAUCAUUAUGAUAAGGACAUUUUCGCACCUUUUGUGGCUGCCGCCCGAGAAAAGGGAGCGGGAGAGAGAGAAUGGGAGAGUCAAUUAGCGACACUGUUUGUUGUCUUUUUCUUCAAGUUUCUUGACCUUGUAAGAGAUUUUCAGAUAUUUAAAGUUUAAAAUCAGAUCAGUUUGCUCUAAAAAUGAAUUAGAAAACGUGUUUUUUGACUUUUUUCUCUGAUUUUUUUAAUCUUGAGAGUUCAGAGUCGAAUUAAUUUGUUCUUAAAAUGGAUCGAAAUGUGUGGAUGUUAUAUCUUUCUUCAAAUUUCUUGACCUUGUGAUGAAUUUUCAGAGUUUUGGGGCUCAGAGUUCUAAAAAUGAGUUGGACCUCUUUUUUGAUUUUAAGACUCCAGAAUCGAUUUUUCGUGCAAAUGAUUUACGAACUUUUAUUAUCCGAUUUUGCGGCUUCAAAUGUUCCUCAAAUUCUAGUGCGAGUUUUUUAUAAUGCUUUGAAAGAUUUGAACCAUUUUUGGCUCUGAAAGUUUUGAGUUGAACUGAUUCGAAUAAAAAAGAGAAUUCCAAAAUGAUUCUUUUUUACUUUUAUGUAAUUUUCAGCGAUUCGGGACUUUUAGGAUUUUAAUUCACGAAAAACAAAAAGUAACCUUUUUUUCUAAAGUACACUCUCUAAUAAUCAGAAAUUAACCUUUUUCUCCUCGUUCCUCGGAAAUUUGCCUCGAAUUUUCCUCCUCUCAAGACUGACGAGUAAUUGAAAGGAACCGGUAAGCGACUAAUUAGUAAAUUUUUCCGUUUCCCCCCAUUUUUUCGUCUUCCUCAAGUUCAAUCAGUUGUCUUCCUUCCCGAUGUUGAGGACUUUCCAUGUAUUCAGUUAAUCUCGAGAUUUUUGUGUCCAAAGGGAGAGGAAAAGCUGAGAUAUCUUGUAGUUUCAGAGUUCGGAAACAAGUUUCGGGAUUUACAAGCAUUCUUUAAAUUAAAGUGUUUCUGGGAAAAAUAGGCUAUUUUCAAGCUCUGGAUCUGGAUUUCAAGUGAUCAUUUUAGUGUUUAUAUUAGCGUCAUCUACUUACCUUCAUUCAGGAAAACAAAAGACAGUUACCAUUUUUUUCUAAAAAUCACAGUAAAGUUCAAAAAUUAUUUAACGAAAGAAUUUUGAUUUCCCCACUUUAUGAUGACCGCUUCGCGACCGUGACGCGUUAAGAAUUUGAAAAAAAAAUUUGAAAAAAUUUUUCGAAUUAUUUUUUUAUUUCGUCAAGGAAUUUUAUUAUUCAGUUUUUUUGCCUAUUUGAAUAAAAAUGACAAGAAAAAAAGCAAACUUUUUUUACCAUAUUUUCUCAUUUUUUUGACUUUUUCGGCUGCAUUUGAAUAGUGAAGCCUAUAUUGUUGUAUUUUUUUGAUAAAUUCCUGAAAAAAACCAUGUUUCAACUUUUUCCAAUUACUACCACAAAGCACCAGAACGCGUAGCUUGAUCCAAAUUUUUAAUUUUUUUGGCGGGUUUCCAAAAAUAAGUUGGAUUUUUUUCAAAUAGAAGAAAUAAUUUUUGCGAGAUCCGAACAAUAAACCCUCUUUGUAUUAUAUUUUAACUAUAAAAGGAAUUUUUUUUCUUCCCAUCAAAAAAAUCAAAUUUUUCAAUUUUUAAAUUUAAAUUUGCAACCGCGACGCGCCAGGACGCGCAGCGGCUCUCGUUAUAAUUUCAAUUUACAUUUUUUUUUGGCAGAUUUUCACAUACCAGUUGAAUUUUUUAAACUAGAGAAGGGACCCUGUUUCACCAGUAUCCGAACUUUUUUCUCAAAUUCUAAACCGCGCGGUCUUUUUUUUUCCCACACCCAUCAAUCGGCGUCACCACGUCUGUUUCUUUUUUCCUGGUUUUUCUUCACAGUUUACUUCAUUUUUGAGUUGAACCCUAUUAUUUUGAACGUAGUUUUCCAAGAUGAAAACGAUGAGUCGAAGCCAUAAUAAUACUCGCCAUUGAUAUUUCCCGGCUCAUUAAUUGACGUUGCAUGGUAAUGAAGAUAAGAUGUCGGCGUUUGGCAAAAGAGCCGCCGACGCCGGUUCGUUUUUCUUUUGGUUUUAAUUUUGCCCGCCGCCCCACCGCCGGAAUGUCUCCGAUAAGGACCAUAUCUAAUAGUUUCUUGGUUACUCUGUUUUUCUUGGCUGGAAAGGAGGAAAAUCGGGAGUUUCUCGGGAGUGUUUCAAGUGGAGUGGAUGGAGUUGGAGGAGGAUGAGCUGUUGCUUAGACUUGGAAGAUUGAAAACUUUUAAAACAAAUUUAACGAUUUUUGACCUUUUAAAGCGAUCAGCCGUUACUUUCUGGGAAACUGAACAUUCCAGCUGAACAGACCCCGAAUUCUUUUUCAAACUUUUGGAUUAAACAGGUGUCCUGACCAGGGAAUAGUCUCAGCUCACAGUUGGACUUCUGAAUGAGACCAUGUUUUCUAGAUGUGGUUUUUUAUGCUGAUUCAAAAUCCGAAUUUAAAAGCUGCCACAUAAGUCUGUGAAAAAAGUUGGACCCUCAAAAGUCUUGCUCAAUCGGAGAGGCUGAAUUUUUCGACUUUUAACUUUUCUCACAGACCUAUGUGACAGCUUCUGAGACCGGAUUUGGAAUCAGCAUGAAAAACGACAUCUAGAAAACAUAGUCUCAUUCAGAAGUCCCACUGUGAGCUGAGACCAUUCCCUGGUGAAAGUAGUGUGAAAUUUUUUUCCUCUUUCAGACAAUUUCCGAGUUUUCGAUAUAAAAGUAAGGCCGCAAAAAAUCGUCAUACAAACAGAUUUUCAGUGAUUCAUCAAAAUUUUUCCGAGUUCUAAUUUUCGCUCAGUGAUUUUGAAUCGAAUCCUAUGAAAAGCAACUUUUAAGCUUUUUAUUUUAUUAAAGGCCAAUUUUAAAAGCUUGAUAUCGGUUUUUUUGUCUUUCACGAAUAGAAAAGGACAUUUUUGCCGGUUUCAGGAGACGCGGCGACGUUGGAAGCUCACGGGAAAUCGCACGAAUCGGGCGACCAAUGCCCCCUGUGCAUGGACCGCACGACGACCCUCAUGCACCAUCUUGUCACUGUUCGUUUUUUAUUUAUUUUAUCAUUAUCCCUGAAUUUUAUUCUACUACCAAAUUGAACAAAUAUAUUCAUAUGAACCUAUUUUUCUUCUCUUUUUUUUCUAGGAGUAUGUUUUUCCUCAGAGUUCUAGGUAGUUUUCAAUCUCUAGAUUUAUCAGGGUCCCCUUAAAGUCGAAAUACUCCUUGAGAAAGAAAAGGAAGAAGUUCAAAAAUCUUUGGAAAAUUGACUCUCAAGUUUCGACUCCGUAUUUUGUCGAAAAAUUUGAACUUUCUUCACUAAUUCUUUACAAAUUUUUUGCCGACAAGCUUUUCAGUAAAAAUAAUAUUCAAAGCGUGUUUGGAAAUCAUUGAAAGUGCUCCUUGAGGAAUAUAUUUUCGUUAAAAAACUUUUUUCAACCGAAUUUCCUGUUCCUGACUGAUCUUACAGUUUCAAGAAAUGUUUUUAGUUUUUUUUGGUUCAUUUUUUUCAGUUCAGGACCAUGUAAAAAAUGAAAUUUCCAUUCAAAAAGUUCACUUUUUGUUGAUUUUGCGUCAAUUUUCAGCAAUUAAAUUGUUGUAAACUUCAUGAUUUUUUUCAAACAUUAUCCAAAAAUCAGCAAAUUUUGUAACUCAUUUUUUUCUUCAACUUUGCCUCAGUUUUAGCCAUUUCUUCGAAAAAAAUUUUUCUAUUGCUUAUAAAUCGGAAAAAUCACCGACUUUCCCGACAAAUGAUCCGAUUUCCUUCAAUUUUGCGUCAGUUUCAAGAUUUUUUUCUGAAAAAUAAUUUUUUUCUAUAUCUCAUAAUGUUUCCAUUUUUUCUACGAAUCAAAAACCAUCAGCUUUUCUCACAGACAGUUCAAUUUUCUUCAAUCUCGCCUCAAUUUUCAGCCUUUUUUUGAAGAUAUUUUUUCUAUCCCUCAUGACUUCUUCUUCAAAGAAAUCGAAAACGAUCAGCUUUCCCAUUGAACAGUUCGACUUUCAUUUCAUUUUCCCAUUCUCCUCAUUUCCUUCUUCUUCUUCUUCCAAUUCCCACCAAUGUCAACGUGUACAUUAGGAGCCCCGAAUGACUCACGAUUUCGUCCCUCCAUUCAUUCCACAAUCAUUGACAACAACACAAAAAACGUAAAUUGUUUCAUUACACAUUGAGAAGAAGAAGAAGAAAAAAGAAACCAAUCAUCUUUCCAUUUUUGCAGGAGCACAAAAUCGCUGAGUCGGCUGUCGAUCGACUCCUCGCGGUUCAUCGACCUCCUUCUACCGGGUAAAUCUUAUCGAUUUGUGGAGAAUCAGUAUUUAUUUUGAAGCCAGAAAAAUGGGGAUUCAGAAAAUGUACUCAUCUUUGAAUUUGGUUGAGAUUGAGCUGAGAUACUGGGAUUUGAAAGUCACAAGCUAGCAAGAAAAUGUGAUUUUUCGAACUUUGUCUGAGUUUUUCUACCGGGGAAAACUUUUUGAUUUCUGUUUCAGAAUUUAUUUUUGAAUCCAAAAAAAUAGAGAUUCAGAAAAUGAACCUAUCAUCGAAUUUGUUUGCAAGUGAGCUGAGAAAUUUCGAAAUCAAAAGUUGAAGAAUGGGUUUUUUUUUCGAAUUUAACCGAUCUCCUUCGACAGGGUUUUUCGAAAAAAAUGUUUUUUGGGCUUUUUUUUUAAUUUUUGAGAUUUCUAAUAUAUAUUUUAAUGGGAAUCGAUUGAGAUUCGAUUUUUUUUUUCUGAUAAACUCAGUCUUACAUUUCAUCCUUCUUCAAACCUAACCUGAUUUUUCAAAAAUUUUUUUAGAAUUGUAUUUAACUUCAGUUUCCCGUUUCAACGGGCCAUGGGUCCACAGAAAUCUUUUUCUACUGAGCUUAUUGAUUUACCUUUUUUUUCCUGAAAAAAGUUAAGAAAAAUCUAUUUUUUUAGCUCGAUUUUCAUCGAUUUUUUUCGAUUUUUUUAAAUCUUUUUUUUCAUGUUUUUUUAAUAAUCAGUUUUUUUCAUGAUAAUCAUCAGAAAAAUCUCUUUUUUCAGGUUUCUGAUUGAAAUUUAUUCUUUUUUUCCAAAAAAAUUCUUUAAUAAAAGUGAAAAAAACUUGAGAAAAAAACUUUAUAGGAAUUUAUAAAACUUGAUAUUCUUUUUCAAAGGAGAAAGUUUAGAAAAAUUUGAAAGUUUCUUAUUUUAUGAAUAGGCCCAUGAGAAAAAUAUAAAAAAAUUAUCCUAUGAAAAGCGUACAGUAAGCGAAAUUAGCAUGAAAAUAGUGCGAUGGAGCGAAAAAUGAGCCGGGGGAGCUACCGUAAUCACUUGAGAACGAGAAGCGGAAUUCAUUCCCACACGGCCGCCGAGUCGUGAGCGACGAUUCUUUUUUUCGGCGAGCUCAAAACUCACUGAUAGCGUCUGCGUCUCUCUGAUCACCACAGUCUCUCCCCCUUGGCGACUUGCGCACAAGAACGCCCUCAAGGCAAUUAGCGCGCAGUUCCCUGCCGCCCUCCCCUUUUCCCACACUCUCUCGUCCUGUCAGGAGUUAUUGUAAAAAAUUUCCGUUCUCCACUUUUGCCCUCCACAAUCAUUUGUGUGCUUUCAGCUUUCUCAAGCUGAUUGAUUUUUUUUCCACUUUUUGGGGACGCAAAUUUUCUGCGACUUUACUGUUUCAGAUCGUAUUUUUAAGGUUAAAAAAAGUCGACAAUUUUGAUUAAAUCAGACGAUGAGAACAGACCAAAAAACCUUUCUCAAUAAAUAAAGCUGAUAUUUAAGCAUUUUGAAUUGCUUUUAAACUUUUUUUGAGGUGAGAGAAAUUUUGAAAAAAAUUCAACAUUUCGAGGUGAUUUUUUUGAAUUGUGAGCCAUGAAUUUUCUUCAUUUUCUCUGUUUGAGAUCGAGUUUUUGUUUGAUUCCUUUGAUAACUUUCUGAAAAAAAAAAACAUCAAAGUGAUUUUCAUUCGUUUGAAUUAUGAGCACAUGGAAAAACAUUCAGGAAAUUUCAACCGAUCCCACUCUGAGAUGAAUUUCAUCCAUUUUUCCUGUUUCAGCUCGAGUUUCGAACAGAAAAUCUUUUGAAGAAGUUUCAAAAAUCAAGUGAAAAUUAUUUUCAAUCAUAAGCACUUAGGAAGUCUUUUCAAAUAAAUCAGUCGAUUUUAGUCAAAUUUACUGUUUAAGGGGUUCUGAGAACUUCCCAUCCGAAUUCUAAUUUCAUUAAUUUCAGGCCGGCAUCGUCCGGCUACGGAUUCCGGUGUCCACAGUGCUCGAUGGCGUUCCGGAGCGAAGCCUCCCUUCAAUCCCACUCGAUAAUCCAUCUUUUUGCCACGACCCACAAGUGCUCGGCCUGCGAGAAGGUCUGCACCGACGCCGAUGAACUCAGGGUCUGAUUUUCUUCCUGAAUAAAGCUUGAAGUUGAUUCCAGUUCAAAAUCACUGAUAAGGAAUCGUUAAAAUUUGAACUUUUUCCUUUUUGGAACCAUUUUUUUCUUUUUUUCUCGAUAAAAUCAACCUAUUUAUUCAAGAAUUUGAAAUUGAAACCGGUCAAUAAAUUCUGAAUGGGCCAAAUAAAUGUCUGGAAAGUUUCUAGCUGCAAAUCGUCUUUUUUUCGAGAAGCUGAAAAAUCUUAAAAAUCCCUCUUUUUUUAGGGGUUUUUUUGAUUUUUGAAAUAUCUUUUCUGAAAAAAAUUAGCAUUUUUUUUCCUCCCAGAAUCCUCUCCUAGUACAUUGAGGUGUACUACGAUCAAUUUUCAGAAUUUUUUUAAUUUUUUUGUUUUGAAAUACUCCCUUUUUGGGCAGAAUACAUAGAAAAUUCGAAAAAUUGCAAAGUGAACACUAAAAAAAUGGAUUUUAUAGGCUCUUUCAAUUUAAAAAAAGAAAGUGUUCAUUUUCAAAUGCCAUUUUAAAAAGUUCUAUUCUGUUAAAAAAAUAUCAUUGAUUUCAAAAUGAAGAGACAAAUACCUUCCAAUUGAUUUCUUGAAAACUUUCCCAUGAUCUAUAAAUAGAUUUCCCCACCAAUCAUAAUCAAUGGUUUUUUGCACCAAUUUCGAAUUGCCUCGAAACGAUUUUUUCGAUAUUUGCUGUUUUGAAGUCAAAUGGUUAUUUCAUCAUCUUUUUACAAAUAUUUCUCAUCAUUUUCUUUUCUUUUGAUUUUAAAUCCUGUUCAUUAGCAUUGCUAUCGGAGAAAGUCAUUAAGACAUGUUAUAAACGAUUACAAAAUGGGACCGGUGCGACCGCUUAAUCAAUUUUAAAAAAAUGUAUCAUAAUGAAUUCAUUAAUUUCGUCGUAAUACUGUCCUAAAUCGUUUUUUUGUAAUUUAUUAAUUCGCAGUGGAGAAAAAAAAUUUGUCGCACCGGUCGCAUUUUUGUAAACACCCCUACUUGAUAACAUGUAUAAAUUAUAUAACAAGGAAUGUUCGUUUUUUAAAAGGUUUUUCGGUGACAGGGAACUGAUUUACUUUCAAUUUUUUGGUUAAUUCUUAAUUUUUUAUCUAUUCUUGAAGCUUUUAAACUUGCAGUUCAUUUCUUAUCGAAUUAAAAAAAUUAUUUUUUUUUUCCCAAAUGUUUUACAUUUCAUCCCAGAUCAUUAUGAAAAAAAAAUUCGCGGUCGCAUUUAGAAUGGCUUGUCUUGAAUUUUUAAAAAUGCUCCUGCGCCAAGGUCUUCAUGAAAAAGUGUUCAGUCUCACAUGGACGAGGAGCACCCGAAGGAGGACGAGCAACGGUGCGAGCUGUGCCAGGAGACGUUCGCCUCGAAGACGGCCCUCGUCGCCCAUUUCAAUUCUGUCCGACAUCUCCACAAGGCCAAGCAGCACCUCGAGAAGCAGGGCGCCGUUGAUCUCAGCGCCCAGGUAUCCAUUUUUGGACACCUAUAAAGUCGUUUCGAAGAAAGUUUGACUGAGAGGGGGAGUAGGCCGCACCCCGGAGUGGGAUCCAGCCGACGUAUGUUCAGAGCUUAAAAAUUUACUUUCAAGAUCAUUACUGGCUUUCUUCCAUUUUUUUUUCUCUCAUUACUGAAUCAGAGAACUUAUUUGUGAUAUUGUUUUGGACAUUUGUCUUGUUGCUAGCAAGUUAGCUUAGGUUCGAAUAAUUUUUUGAAGAUUUUUUUUUCUGCGGGAUCUAUUUUUCCACAAUUUCAAAGCAUCAGAUUUAAAUUCCACAAUUUUCGAAUUUGCUGGAAAAAUUUGAUUUCCAUCAAAAUGGGACUGGGCCCAACGAGAAAAAAAGGAAAAAUAAUUUUUUCAUCCGAUUAACUCGCGACGCCCCGCCGACUUUUUCAUGCUGGGAAAACGAUCGUCAUCAAAAAAAGAAAGCCGAUUUUUCCCCACAUUUCAUUUCGAAUCGAAACGUCGUAAAUGACUCGAUUUUCCCUUUUUUUCUUUUCAUCAUUUUCCCGUGUACGAAAUACCGACAAUAUUAUUUUCGACAUUAGUUUUUUUUUCUAUAGACGUAUAAAAUGCGGCUUUUCAGCAAACCUGACUUUAUGGCUGAUCAUAAAGUUGGGGAAAAAUGAUGGUUUUUUCUCGUGACUUGAUAGGAAACCGUUGCACAGUCAAUUUGGAUAAAUACUGUAGGAAUAGUUCGAUUUUGAGAAUAUAUUUGAAUUUAUUCUAUGGAGAGUUUGGCUUUAAUUAUAUUUCAAGUAGGUUUCGAAAACUAAUUGAUGUGCAGAAUGAGACAGGAUACCGUAUAUCUUACAAUUUUCAAGCCUUUCAAUGGAAAACUGACUUGCAGCCGAGUUCUUUAAAGGCUCUGAAAACUCGGUUGAUGAAUUAAUUAAGAACAGACGGGUCUGAUCAAGCUUCUGGGAAUGGCUUAA